ACAGAUACCACACCAUUUGAAGAAACUGGUCAUACUGCAACAUAUAAACGAAUUGCAAAAGUUGAGUUCACACUUCCAGAUCAUUUGUUAUUUGAGGCUUGUAACUUGAUUUGUUCGGUAACUAUCUUUAAAUAUUUAAAGUAUUUUGCUAAUAAAGUUAGUGUCGAUUUUAAUUUUAUAUUAUUACUACAACGUGACCUGAAACAACGUCUACCUUUGAAAGAUGUCUUGAAACAUCCAUGGAUUCAAAAAUACCAGAAAAACCUGUGA